CCACUGCACGAUAUACCCUAGAUAAACUUUCCGUCAUGUCUACAACUGCUACCACCUCAGACUCCCCCCCAAAGAUGACAUACCAUCGCCUUGGUAACUCCGGGCUCAAAAUCUCCCGCCUUGUCCUCGGAGCAAUGGGCUACGGCUCCCCCACCCUCAACGGAUCCUGGGUUCACGACGCUUCCGCGUCCCUCCCGCUCCUCAAACAUGCCUACGACCUCGGCAUCAAUACGUGGGACACGGCAGACGUCUAUUCUCAAGGGCAAUCCGAACAAAUCAUUGCUCAAGCCAUCAAAGAGUAUGGGAUGAAAAGAGAGAAACUAGUCAUCAUGACUAAAUGCUUCUUCGGGGUUGGAGACGAAGUGGUUGGGGACAAGGGAGAGUUUCUGAGCGGACAGGCGGCUGUUAAUGAUGGCGGCAUGGUCAAUAGGGUUGGGUUGAGCCGAAAACAUAUCAUGGAUGCUGUGGAUGAUAGUGUUAGGCGAUUGGGGACGUAUAUAGAUGUCCUUCAGAUCCAUCGUUUGGAUAGGGAUACUCCGCCCGAGGAGAUCAUGCGUGCCCUGAACGACGUGAUUGAGAGUGGCAAAGUAAGAUAUAUUGGCGCCAGUUCCAUGUACACCUGGGAAUUCCAGCACCUAAACAACAUCGCCAAACAACACAACUGGCACACCUUCAUUAGCAUGCAAAACUACCACAACCUCACCUACCGCGAAGAAGAGCGCGAAAUGCACCCUUACUGCGCCUUCGCCGGCAUCGGCCUCAUCCCCUGGUCUCCCCUUGCCCAAGGCGUCCUCGCGCGGCCCUGGGCCACUACCGCAACUACACGCGUCGAGUCCGAUCAGUUCGCGGGGCUCCUGAAAUCUGACAGUGAUAAGGCGAUUGUGGACUGCGUUGAGCAGAUUGCCAAAGAGAAAGGGGUUAGUAUGGCGCAGGUCGCGAUUGCGUGGAGUUUGAAGAAGGGUGUGAAUCCAAUUUUGGGGCUGCAGAGUGUGAAGAGGAUUGAUGAGGCUGUUGGGGCGUUGGCGGUGGAGCUUUCCGAUGAGGAAGUGAAGAGGUUGGAGGAGAAUUAUAAGGCGAAGUCUGUUAUGCAGUUGUGGUAGAGCGAUCUUACCAAAUGCUUUUACAAGCUAGUCUCUCAACGGUGACGUGGAAGCGGAUGUGAGACAUUAUUGUGGGAGUGUCGAAAGUGUUCCAUCUUGUGUUGGCGCCUCUUGCGCAAUACGAGGUUGAGUAUCAUACAAUGAUCAUAUGGAAGCUUUCUAUGACGUAAACUCUGAUAACGCAACAUAGUUCUUUCGUGAGAUGGCUUGUACGUAUUACAGACU